AUGGCUGCGGAAGUUGCGAUUACGCCGUUACGGUUGCGGAGUCCUGGAUUAGUGUCGCCAUCUGGCCGCCGAGCACUAAGUGUCGUUACGUCAAAAGGAAUGGUGGAUUCUCUAGGCAGCCGGAUUCUGACGAACGAUGAUGACCACGAGAAGAACAAUCAAAUAAUCGAUUCCGCUAAAAAAUCGAAAAGUGAUGUACAGACGGAACCAGUGACAAGAACAGACGUCAAUGCCAGUGACCACCUUCAACUUUGUCUAAAAUUAUCCGCUGAAAAUAAAAUUACAAAGAAGAAUGCAUUUGAUCUUCACCUCAUCAACAUUGCUGAAGAUGUCAUCAUAGGCAAGGGUGAUACUGACUUCAAUCUAGCAGCCUAUGCACUUGAGGCUUGUGCCAAGAUAUACGGUUGCAGAGUCGAUUCGUUGCAUGACAUUGCCUGCAAACUUUCCACACGUCUCAAGGUGGCCACUAAGGAUGGCGAAGAUGGUGAUGAAGAUCGAUCGACAAUGGAAGACCCCGGAAGGCUUCCAACUGAUGAGACGCUCAACGAUGAGGAGGCUGAUCGACAGAAGGAGAAAGAGAAGAAGAAGAAGAAGAAGAAGAGCAAGGUCAUCGAAACGAACCUGAAGAAUAUCACCCUUGAUAACCUGGACUCUGAACUCGAUAUGAACCCGUACUUCAAGAAAUCCAUAACAGCAUUCGACAUGGGUGCCUCUAAAAGUCUGAUCCUGAACCUGCAUCACACCUACAAUGACACCUGCUCCGUUAUGACAGAUCUCAACAAACCUUUCAACAUCUGGGAUAUUCUUGAUGAUGAUGUUCAGCAGCAGCAGAAGCAGCUAUCCAAAGCAGCUGUCCACUAUGUUUAUGUUGACAAUUUACAACCCUCCGUUGACCUAUCCUUCUUUGACAAGUACAGAUUCGACAAAGAUGCAGAACCAAUCACCAAUGACAACAACAACAACAACAGUAGUGACACCAACAAUGAUUUUUAUGACGAUGACGUCAUGGAUCACGACGUUGAUAACGUUGUUAGGAGCGAUAAUGAUUCAACUCAAGUUAAUCUUCACACCUCAAGCAGCGCUGUCAUGCUGACUGACAUGAGUGGUGACAUGCUCAAGAUGCACGAAACUGUACAGAAAAUAAAAGCCGGAGAUAUCUCGAGUUUAAGAGAUGCUCUGGAGCUGAACCACGAAGGUUCCAUGUAUAAAAAAGAUUUUCUCAAAAUGUGGGCGGGACCUGACCACUGGAAGAAGUCACUGAACAUCCCAACGAAAAAAAAUUCUGCAAGGACGAAAGAAACUUUCCUAGUGAAGUUCACAACGCAGAGCAACGUUGAAGAGAAUGACAGAGAUUCUGAACUACCCGCGACAAAUAAAAGUAAAAAAUCAAAAACGAAACUAAUAGCAGACGACGCUGAGUGGCAUUUCAUGAAAACGAAAGCGAAGACGACUCGAGGCCUGGAGACGUUUCUCGAGAGUGACGGUAGGUCGCUGCUCCUGCCGGAAGUCAGUGAGUACGAGGAGGGCUCGUUGAUGCAGCUCUUCCACGCAAAUGUCAAGAUCGUGGACCACACACCUGAGAACCAGGCCUCAGUUGAUGUGCGCAAGUACGACUACAACAACAACAACGAUCGACUUAACUUUUGUCCAUCGCAACCAAACAACAAUGGGGGGGAGGAUGAUGAUGAUGAUGUCGGACCGUACAAUGGUGCAGCUGAUUAUGGCGACGAGGCAAAUGAUGAUGAUGCAGCGAAAUCACUGGCAGGUGAUGGUGGCGCUCCUGCUGAUGCCGCUAUCAUCAACGACGACGACGAUAACGCUGAUAAUGGCGAUGAUGAUAUGAAUGGUGGCACGUUCAUUAACCAGGUCGAGAGGGAGGGGAAUGGCGGGGCUGAGUUGGCGUUCGGUGAGGAUCUUGUGCCCCAGCCGAGAAUGAUUCCAAGGACGGAGAUAGAUUACGUUAGAGUUGAUAAGAAGAUAGACAUGGACCUACUCAAGAAAGUACUCUAUGGAAUCAUCAAGAAAAAUUUUGAUAAGUCGACAAGUGUCUUGUUCACACAACUCUACAAAGACCUUCAGAAACAGUUGCCUAAAAAAUUAGCCUCAGACCUUAGCAUCCCAAUAGCAUUCUCUUCAUUACUUCAUCUGGCCAAUGAGCAUAGCUUGUACCUUGAGUCUACACCUGACGACGGCUACACAGAAGUGGUUGUCGCCAAAGCAGUGACGUCAUAG